AAUAAACAUGUCGGAGACCGAGGACAACGCGACUAUGUUAGGGAAGCGGUCUCGGAACGGUCAAGACUCGGAUACCGGUAGGCUGGAGGAUGUGAAGGAACGACAGGACCAGAUGGACACAGGCGAUGAUGACGACGACGACGAAGUAGGUCCCAUGCCUAUGCCUGCCGCUGCGGAGGGACGUGUCGUAAAGAAGAAGCGGAAGGUCCUACCCCACGAGAAGCUCUACCUUGAUCACCUCCCGAGCGCGGAUCGCUACUACAAGAGUUUCAUGCACAGAGAUGUCAUCAAUUUCAACGUCCUAACAAGAACAGAAUUCUUGAUCACAACGUCCGUCGACGGACAAGUCAAGUUCUGGAAGAAACAAGAGCAAGGCGUAGAAUUCGUGAAGCUUUACCGCGCGCAUCUCGCACCUAUCGUUGCCGUGUCCGCCAGUGUGGAUGGUCAGCUGUUCGCAAGCGUUGCCGAGGAUGGGACGGCGAAGGUGUUCGAUGUUAUCAACUUCGACAACAUCAAUAUGCUAACUUUGGGGUAUAAACCUAACGCAUGUUGUUGGGUUCAUAAGCGUGGACAGGCGAUGGGAGUGCUUGCGAUUUCUGAACGCGGUUCGGGUACCAUUCGACUGUACGACGGAAGGGGCGACGGGAAGCCGCUGGAAGUCAUCGACAAGUUGCACCGUUUUCCCGUACACGUCAUGGCGUAUAGCGACCGGUACAACUGUGUUAUAUCCGCCGACGAAGGUGGCUUUAUUGAGUACUGGCAACCAUCAGAACCAUUCGAUCUGCCAAAGAACGUCCGCGGCCUAUGGAAUUACAAAAGUGACACAGAUUUGUACGAGUUCAAGAAGUCAAAGGCCAUUCCGACAUGUAUCACACUAUCCCCUGACUCCUCACAAUUCGUGACGUUCUCCCUUCCUGACCGGCAAAUACGCAUUUUCUCCUUCCUUUCGGGGAAAAUGGCUCGAAAAUAUGACGAAUCUCUCGCCGCGAUACAGGAAAUGCAGCAAGCGGGUACCGCAAUAUACAAGGUCGAAGAUAUGGAGUUCGGACGUCGCUUAGCUGCCGAGCGCGAGCUAGAGCUUCCUGGAACGGACGAUCGCAUACCAGGAAUGUGGAUUAAUGCAAUCUGGGACGAGAGCGGUUCGUUCGUAAUCUAUCCAACAUUGCUGGGAAUCAAAUUCGUGAACACUGUCACGAAUAGAGUUGUGCGAUUGUUAGGCAAGGACGAAACUGUCCGGUUCAUGCACCUCACAUUGUACCAGGGUGCACCGGCGAAGAAGGGGCUUACGACGUUGGCCGCAGCUGCAUCCGCCAACCCCCUUCUUGCCGAGAAAGGCGUGCGCGACCCCACCCUUGUAUGUACUGCCUAUAAGCGCCAGCGAUUUUAUAUGUUCACGCGCUCUGAACCUGAGGACGAUAAAUCCGGCGAUCGUGAUAUCUUCAACGAGCGACCAACGCGCGAAGAGCAAACCAUCGCUGCUGCCGCGCCGGCAAUCAAGGGCGGUCCGUCACCCGUGGCGAACAGUGCAACGAUCCACACAACGUUCGGAGAUAUGCACCUUCGCCUCUUCCCCCAACAGGCCCCGAAAGCUGUGGAAAAUUUCGUAGGACACGCACGCAGUGGCUACUACGAGGGUGUGAUCUUCCACCGCGUCAUUCCGAAAUUCAUGAUCCAGACUGGGGACCCCCUUGGCGACGGUACCGGUGGAACAUCUAUCUGGAACAGGGAGUUCGAGGAUGAGUUCUCAGACGACCUCAAGCAUGACAGGCCAUAUACUGUCAGCAUGGCAAACGCGGGUCCUAACACGAACGGCUCUCAGUUUUUCAUCACGACCAACGCUACGCCAUGGUUAGACAAGAAGCACACGAUCUUCGGUCGGGUGCUGUCCGGACUGGAAGUCGUGCACGCGAUCGAGAACGUCAAGACGAACAAGCUCGAUAAGCCGUAUGAGGAUAUCAAAAUUGUCAACAUCGAUGUCGAGUGAUAUGUAGCCGCAUACCGAUGUAUUUACAUGAGUCCCGCCCGCGUUGUUGUAUCCUCAUCUACGCGGUACUGCCAGCUCC